ACGGGUUGGAGGCCAUCGCUAGUAGGUUGGCCAUUGGACGGCAGCUCGGCCGAGCUCGGCGGAGCUGCGAUGCUCUUGAAGGCCCACCAUGGCCCACCGAUCGACUUGGAUCCCGAAGAGGAUCCGACGGGGAGGACACGAAGAUGGGGAAAGAUCUUCGCGCCGCAGGACGAAUCGACCCGGACUUACAGAUCAGCUGGUGCAGUAGCACCGGUGACACCUUCUCCUGACUGGAGCACUUUGAGUGGAGAUGAUGCGAUGAGCAGCGAAGUACUCCGCGCUGCCAGAGCGGAAUGGCACGAAGCGCUUCUUUUGCUGCAGGCGUGCUUUGAGGACUACGACUUCCCAGCAGAGGCGAAAUCUAUAGGAGGCAGGGACGAGGAUGCGCCACGCUCCUCCUCAGAACCUCCUCGUUGCCGCUGUGGAAAGAACUGCAAGAAGUCGGAGGUGAGAAAGGAAGGCCCAACCAAGGGAAGGCCAUACUGGCACUGCGAGACACGCCGCUGUGGCUUCUUCUCUUGGGCAGAUUCAGACUCAAGGCGCAGCGAAAAGAUUUGGUGGCAGCGCUUUCCAGAUUUCCUGGUGGUCAGCGACUUCGGCUUCCGGGCGGAGGACCUGAAGCAAGGAGGCGUGGGAGACUGCUGGUUCCUUUCGGCGCUAGCCGUGGUCGCCCAACGACCAGAUCUGAUUUUGAGACUCUUUGGAGGCGAAACUGCAAGGAAUGCUGCUGGCUGCUACCAGAUCAAUUUGUUUCUGGACGGCGAGUGGAAGGCCGUGACCAUCGAUGAUCGCCUCCCUUGUACCGAUCAGCAGAGAAGGCCAGAUGGGAGUGGUUUAGCUUUUAGCCGUGCAGAUGGCCAGCAGCUGUGGGUACCAUUGCUUGAAAAAGCUUAUGCCAAGGCACACGGCUCAUACCGUGCCAUCAGUGGAGGAGAGAUUGCAGAGGCCCUUUUGGAUCUCACCGGCUGCCCAACCGAAAGCAUUGAUUUCGACGAGCCUGGCUUUGACCCUCAGGAGCUAUGGCGGAGGCUGCUGGAGUUUAAGGCCGCCGACUUCCCCAUGGGCUGUGCCACCGCAGGGAACCCUGAGCUCCGCGAGGUGGGUCUUUGUGGAAACCAUGCCUACAGCGUGCUGGAUGUGAGGGAAAUCUUCGAUCCACGCUUUAUGGGCAGGGAGGUGGGCUAUGGCGGAGCGCAACAGGAUGGCAUGGUACGCCUCCUGAGGAUCAGGAACCCACAUGGAGUGGGUGAGUGGAAUGGAGAGUGGAGUGACAAGUCUGCCGAGUGGACUGAAAGCCUUUCCAGUGAAUUGGGAUGCACUGGUGUGGACGAUGGCACCUUUUGGAUGGACUACAUGCAUUUCCUUAUGGCCUUUCAGGUAGUGGAUGUGUGCUUGGCACAUCGUGGCUGGCAUGCUGCCAGCUUCUCCAAUGCCUUUUGCGCGAAGAGUUCAGGGAGCCGGAUUUGCAAGAACAUGUACGAACUGCGCUGCGACCGGCCGACGACCCUCUACGCAAUGGCUUUACAGCCAACCAAAAGAGGUGCUUGGUGCCGGGAUGACCGGAAGAAGAGCUACAAACCAGGAGAUAUCAGCUUGCUGCUGAUGCGUCUCAGUCAGGCCGGCGAAUUCGAGCAGGUCAUUGGUGGCAAUUUCUUCUGCGCAGACAUCAUGGCCCGGCGCUGCAUUGAGGCCAAGCUGGAGGACCCCAGCAAGCGAUAUUUGUUGGUGGCCUUCUCCUUGGGUGCGGGUCCUGUAGCUCAUGGUGGAGAGGUCCGUGGCAGCGCUCCCUUCAAGAUGCGGCUCUUUUCAUCUCAGCCCCUAGGAGUUCGAGCAGUGGAGUCCGACCGGCACCCCCAGCUGGCAGCCAGCGCAUUGCCACCCGGCUGAAAUACACUCAGCCCUUGACCUUGAAUGCCGCCCCAGGGCGCCGCUUCCGUCGGCUGUUGCGCAGACCUGGCAGUAACCUUUGCCUCUUCCAGGUGAGUUUGCGGGCGACAGUCAACAAAUUCAUUUUUUCCAGGUUGAUCGAAGCAGUUUCAUCCCGAGAUCUUCACACUUGUUUGCUUUGGGGCUCGGGGGGGGCCUUUCGAUAUUUUCUGAGCCAGGCUGGACAGGGGGAAGACAGUCGUCGAAUGAUGGUUGAGCAACCUGGAUGGCUCUUCGAUCGCUUAAAUUUGGCUAGGUCACAGGCGAAGGUGCAGUUCUACUGCUGGGAGCCACAGAGUAAAGGGAAAACUGUGUCGCUGGAGCCCCAUCUAAACACGAGCCUGUUCACAAGGGUUCUUGCAGUUUCCGCAGGUAGCCGGGGAGGAGCAAUCUGUGCUCUCAAGUGGCUGGCGCUACCGAUUGUUUCCCCCCCACAAGACCUCUCCACCAAGACCACACACACGAUAUCAAUCACCUCUUUCCUCAAGAAGAAGCUUCUGUCGGGCAGCCUACCCGAAGAAACAUACAUUUGUGAUGUUGAUAAUUCAGUUUUUACCAUUAUGCGUAACCAGAACCGCAAACGUUUGGCCCGAUACCAGUUGAAUUUUGAUAUAUCUUCAAAAACACUGCAAAACACAGCAUUUCGUAACUCUGAUGAGACCCCCCCAAGCUAACGCUUGGGAUUAAUCCUCCAGAAAAUUCUUACGGCUUGCACGACCCUCCACAACGCCUCGGCACCUUCUGUGCGGGCGGACUUGGUGGUAAGUCAGGCCAUUGGCAAAUUGGAGACGGCACACCCCUUUGAUCCUAGAACAGACAUUUUGUAAUAUAAUCUAUGUCCUAUGUAAGGGGAGAAAGAGAGAGAGAGAGAGAGCAAUGUUUUCGAGCUCUCCAGCCUAGCUUUAAAGUUGCAGGAGCGACUGGAGUGCGUUGGCAGUCCCACACUCUGGCUUUUGAGCCCAUGAUUUCGGCCAACCUUUGCUUUGACCUAACUUCUUGUCGGCUGCUAGCGUCGGCUUCCAUUAACGCAUGCGUAAAGGUAAAACUUGCAAACCAACUGUGUUUGCAGACGGAUGCCUUAUGCUAGUGAUGUGAGUGUGGCCGCCGCCUCCUCCAAUGAGCCUGCACCUUGGAAUCCAUGAUGGACAAGAACUUUGCAGCCGCUUAUGCCGCCGGCCUUUUGUGGCACGCCGAGGAUUGAAGAUGUUGGGCUCCGUGUGGAAUUCGCGCAGAGCGCAUGGGAAAUGAUCGUAAAAGAGAGAGAGAGAGAGAGGGAGAGAGAGAGAGACAGAAAGAAAGAAAGAAAAAGAAAGAAAAAAGAACGAAAGAAAGAAUAAAAAAACACACGAACUGUAGAAAAAUUGCUCAGCCUGCAAAUAGGAAGAUGUUGUCAGGCUGUGCCGCCUUUCGGCUUUUGUUUCAGUGUUUCUAAAGCAUACAGUGUUCCGACUGAGACAUACUUUGAAGUUGCAUGUUCCUGUGUUGGCACCAGAGCAACGCCGACCGCGGGACUUGUGUUACACUGGGCACCAACGAGGUUGUGGAAUGCGUUAGAGGAGGAUUGUAGUGCUACCAUUCAUACGUACGCACGGUUUGUGUGGUGUGAAUGUGAAAUGCUGGAGCUGCUUUCAAGACAGUUUGCCACAUGGAAGUUCUGACACUGUGCCCUUUUGUUUGUUAUCCGAACCAGUUCACGAAAGGUAGCCCUUUAGGGGAUACCUUGAGUUUGUCUUGCGAAGCAAGUGUUGGGACGUCCGGG